GAACACUUCUAUGAUGCUGCAAGCAGCACUGGAUAUUUCUUGGCGUCUGAAAACGAUAACAGAGAAAGACUAGACGAGGAUCUGCACCACCAAGUAGCUCCACUGGCUUUGCUCAAGAAGGAGUAUCUGUCUAUCUUCCCAAGAUUCUUGGAUACAAAAGGAUUGGUGAAUCAAGACUUCACUCUCCUGUUUGAUGAUGAGAUAUCUACCAGGCUGCUUCAGAAAUGGGAUCCAAUCUUUAGGUAUCAAAUCAUCAAAGAGGCCAAGCAGCUCACCUCAACAGUAGAGUUGCGUCAAUUGGUGCAGUCAGCAGAGAGUCUACCAGGAAGUGAUCUUGAUGAGGCAGCAAGAGGACCAAAGUAUCAAAAAAUCAGCGCCUCUGAUGCUGUUGAGAGACUUGUAGUCUUUCAUAAGUCUUGCUGCAGUUUGGAAGAGCAUCUCCAGAAUCAGCAGAGUCAGCAGCCAUACCUCCUGGCUGUUGGGCGCCAGAAGAGGAAGGUCGACAGCUUCUAUGUUGCCAUAGACAAGCGUCUCAUCCCCUGCCAGGCCAGCCGCUCCCUUGGGGCAUUUGAUGAGCUUUUUAAAGCUCAUUUUGUGUUCAGUGUGUCUUAUGAUGCUGCACUUGUGAAUUUCUACACAUUUCUGCAGACAACAGUAUACAAUAUUGAUAUGGGGAAAAUGAAGGAGUCCCCAAGAGUUCGUGACCUGAGAGCCAAAAUCCUUAACCAGGAAAUUCUUCUCACAACCCAAGUAAAAAUCAUUAAAAUGCUGACAUGUGUUUGUGUAAGAGAGCUUAUCCCAGCAGUCAGCAGCUGAUUUCACAUUUAAGAGGUGAACAUGGUUAUUAUCCUGGACCUAAGUUUAAGUUAUUUUGUUGGCAGCCAGGCUGCAGGCUUCAGUUCCAAACUUAUGCAGGCUUUAGGAAGCACCUCAGUAGUUUUCACAGCAAUGUUGACCAAAAUGAUCGAACUUCAGCCAUUGCUUGUUUUUCUAAUGACACAGUUUCACCUGCUUUGGAGGACCAGUUUAAUUCCUCAAAUCUUCCUCACAGUUCUCCCAGUGUUCUUCCAGAGUCUAGUUCUUCCAGUGUUCCAGUGAGCAUUGAUUCAGUACUUACAAGGGAUUCAUCCAAAGAAAUGUGUGCAUCCAUUGUGGCCAAACUGCAGGGUAGUGGCCUUUCUAACAGUUUAGUAUCCUCACUUGUAGGCGAUUUGGAGGAAUUAACAAGUGAGCUUCGCUCAGAAGCAAAGCAGGCCAUUCUUUCUGCGUUACCCACAAAGGACUCCAGCAUAUCUUUAAUAAAUAAAUGAAUGCUUUGAAAAUUUUGAAAACCCUUUCACCAAUCUGAACACAGAAUGGAAACGAAAUAAAUACUUCAAUCUAA